AUGUACGCACUCAAAACCGUUUCCCUAGCUUUCCUUCUCUUGGUAGCCAACGUGCAAGCCGGAAGGAUUACCUACACAUGUUACAACAAAACCGGCGGAAUCAAGAAAGAUGGAAUUCUUGAGCAAAAGGCCGGCGGAACAAUCCCAGAUGACCAGGUGGACGUCGUGGUCACUGGCAUGCACACUUGGUCCGGUGGAAAAUACACGGCCGCGGUCAACACUAAAUCGAAUGUUCUUAUUGUCAAGUGUGUCAAUAAGGCGGCCAAUAAGAAUCUUGCUACUGCGGCGAAUAACGAGCAGCAACAGCUUGUCAAUAGUCACAUCACAAGAGCCAAGCGUGACGCUGGGAUUGAUCAUGUGGAUGUGAAUGAUGAGGAUGACGAUGAAGAUGUCGAAUAUGCGUUUUAG